AUUUCAUUUUAUAACUUCCAAUCACAUUUUCAAACUCAGUUUUUCAUCCUAUAACCCCAAUUAUAAAGUUUAUAACAACCCUCAAAAACCAAGAAUAUUCACAUUUUUUCAAUAUGAAACCAUCGAUAAUUACAAAUAAUGUUACACCAAAGCAAAGUAAUGGUAAAAGAUUUAUCAUUUCUUGUUUCUUCAUCAUUUGUUUUCUUUGUACUUUAGCUUCAAUCAAUGAAAUUAGAUACGAGAGCUUGUUAAAUCUAAGCAAAUGUGCUUUCUCUAGAGCGCCUUCUCUUCUUUCUAACUCGUCGUCAUUGGAUUCAUUUCCGCUUUCUUUACGUACAAUCAAGUCAUCUCCUUCGGAUGAUGAGAUUCGAGUUCUUGUAGGGAUUUUAACGUUACCGGAUCAAUAUCACAAGCGACAUUUCCUAAGGAUGAUCUACGGAACGCAAUCGCCGGAGGGUGCUAGAGUAGAUUUGAAGUUUGUGUUUUGCAACUUAACAAAGGAAGAUCAAAAAGUGCUUGUUGCCCUAGAGAUUAUGCGUUAUAAUGAUAUUAUCAUCCUUAAUUGUUCGGAAAACAUGAAUAAGGGUAAGACUUACACUUAUUUUUCAAGUCUCCCUAAUAUAUUUAAUAACAAUGAGGGUCCAUACCCUCCUUACCAUUAUGUUUUAAAAACCGACGACGACACGUAUUUUAGGUUGGAUAAUUUGGUCAAGUCUUUAAGGCCUUUGCCUAGGGAGGACUUGUACUAUGGAUAUGUUAUCCCGUGUCCUAGUAUGGACCCGUUUGUUAAUUAUAUGUCCGGAAUGGGAUAUUUGGUAUCAUGGGACAUAGCGGAAUGGAUCAAGGAAUCAGAUAUUCCGAAAGCCCAUCUGGAGGGUCCGGAAGAUAAAAUAUUUGGAGACUGGAUGCGAAAUGGGCAUCGUGGUAAGAACCGAUUUAAUGCUAAGUGGUCGAUGUACAAUUACCCGGAGCCUCGCACGGGGUGUACCCAUGAACUAUGGCCGGAUACAAUUGCUGUUCAUCUUUUGAAGACACAAGAGAAGUGGAUCAAGACAUUGGAAUAUUUCAAUGCUACCAAGAAUCUCAAGCCAUCUAAAAUGUAUCAUAUACCUUAAGAUGGAUUUUUUUUUUAAAACUAUGAUUUUGGUCAUUCUUUUCAUUUAUUUCUGCCCAUUUGUUGAUGUAGCAACCCUUUGAGUAUAUUUUGAUAACUAUACAUAAAUUUUUAUUACAAUUUUGAGAUGAUAACUUUUGUACUUCUAUUUACA